AUGACAGAAAGAAUUGGUAAAAUUCAAACAAUUAAAGGUUUAAUAGAAAAAGAUGAAUUAGGUAUAACACAUAUGCAUGAACAUAUAUUUAUAAAUUAUUUGGAUUAUUUUGAAAAACCAAAUGAACAAGAAUUAAAAAUGUGUUGUUUAGGUGGUGGUAGUGGUAGUGGUAAUAGUAAUAGUAAUAAAACAAUUGAAGAUUUAUCAAAUGAAAAGAUAUCACUUAUAAAUAAUCAUUGGGUACAAUAUAAUUAUAAUAAGAAUUUACAUAAUUUACAAUUAAAUGAAAUGGAAAUUGCAAUAAGGGAAUUAGAAAUGUUUAAAAGAAAUGGUGGCUCGACAAUAGUUGAAGUGACAACUAAAGGUAUAGGUAGAGAUCCACUCCAAUGUUUAAAAGUAUCACAAGAAUUAAAUAUAAAUAUUGUAAUGGGUGCAGGAUACUAUUUAGAUAAAUCAAUUUCACAAUUUGUUCAAUCAAUGACUGAAAAACAAAUGGAAGAUGAAAUUGUUAAACAAUGUUUAAUAGGUAUAGAUGAUACAUCCAUUAAAGCAGGUAUCAUCGGGGAAGUAGGUUGCUCAUUUCCCUUAACAAACAAUGAAAAAAAGUCAUUAAUUGCAUCAGCAAAAGCCCAACAAAGAACCGGACUCUCUAUUUCAAUCCACCCAGGUAGAUCUCAAACUGCACCACUUGAAAUAAUCCAAAUCCUAAAAGAUUCCGGUGCAGACUUAUCAAGAGUAAUCAUUGGUCACAUUGAUCGUACAAUUCAUGAUAUUAAUAUUCUACUAGAAACUGCCAAAACUGGUUGUAUCUUAGAAUUUGAUUUAUUUGGUAUGGAAAUUUCACAUUAUCCAUUUGGUGGUGAAGUUGGAAUGCCAUCAGAUAAUCAAAGAAUUGAAUGGAUUUAUCAAUUAAUUAAACAUGGUUAUGGUGAAAAUAUUGUUAUCUCUCAUGAUAUUUAUACAAAACAUCGUUUGGUUAGUUAUGGUGGUCAUGGUUAUUCUCAUAUUCUAUUCAAUAUUAUACCAAGAAUGAAAAAGUUUGGUUAUUCUGAUACUGAUAUUAAUAAUAUUUUAAUAAAUAAUCCAAAAAGAUUAUUAACAAUUAUUAAAUAA